AUGGCUGCCCGCCAAAGCUCUUCCAGCUCAUCGACCUCAGCCAUCGCCUACAAGGCAUUGCGCCGUCGACAAGCUCCUCUGCCCACCAAUGAAGCGCCUCCGGCAUGGUCGGCCCAGGCCGCCGUGUCCAAUAUUCUCUACGAGACCCCGUCGCCAUCCAUGGCCCCUCCGAAGCGCCACAUCCUGAACUGUCUCGUGCAGAACGAACCCGGUGUCCUCUCCCGCGUGUCCGGUAUCCUGGCAGCCCGCGGCUUCAACAUUGACUCCCUGGUUGUCUGCAGCACUGAGGUCGCCGACCUGUCUCGCAUGACCAUUGUGCUGACGGGCCAAGACGGCGUCGUCGAGCAGGCGAGACGCCAGCUGGAGGAUCUGGUUCCCGUCUGGGCCGUGCUCGACUACACCAGCGCCGCGCUUGUGCAGAGGGAGCUGCUCCUCGCCAAGAUCAACAUCCUCGGCCCUGAGUACUUCCAAGAGCUGUGGGCUCACCACCGCGAGAUCACCGCCGAGGCUGAGGACGAAGGCUCCUCUUCUGUCUCUGACCACGCACCUUCGCUGGGCGAAACAUCGGAGGACUUCCAUCCUAGUCGGCUAGCACCCAGCGAGGCUUUGCGUUUGAAGCAUGAGCAUCUGAAGAGCAUCACAUACUUUGCGCAUCAGUUCGGAGGCAAGGUGCUGGAUAUCAGCAAUAGCAGUUGUAUUGUCGAAAUUUCCGCCAAGCCAAAUCGAAUCGACUCCUUCCUGAAGUUGAUCGGCCCAUUCGGCAUUCUCGAGUCUGCCCGGACUGGAUUGAUGGCCAUGCCGCGUUCACCUCUCUACGGACCCAAGGACGACAACAGUAUCAAGGAGGCUGAUGACGUUGUUGACGCUAGCCAGCUGCCACCUGGAUAG